GGUGGGCCUGAUUGUGAACCCAGCUACCUGGCAGUAGGAUUCGAGGGCUUGGGUCUCUGGGUGUGAUCGUGACACAUACGUGAAGAACAAUGAAGAACACCACUCAACUACGUUGAACAACUCAACUAUGUUGUUUGGUCUAAACAACUGGCUCUUAGUUCUCAGUCGAGCUUGAAAAACAGGUAAACCUGGUGUGGACUUGGUCUGCAGGUCCCAUGGAGGAAGCAGCCAAUGGGAAGACUUUGGUCGAGUGGGGUCCGAGUCGAACGAGGUAAACUCAAUUGUUCCAGCAAUGGCAGAGCUCUACAAGAAAAAAGGUUUGGAUCCCUUGAAGAUCGUGGGAGUGACCACCUUGGACAUUGUGAGGGCCAACAAGUUCGUGGCGGAGAUCACGGGGAAGUCUCCCAAGGAUAUCGAGGUCCCUGUGAUUGGUGGCCACGCGGGGGUGACGAUCAUGCCGGUCUUCUCUCAGGAUCCUAUCUCUGCAACGAUCUCUGCCGACAAGAUUCCAGCGUUGGACAAGCGCACGCAGGAUGGUGGAACCGAGGUGGUUGAAGCCAAAGCUGGGAAGGGCAGUGCCACCUUGUCCAUGGCCUACUCUGGUGCGCGCUUUGGAAACAAGGUGUUGGCGGGGCUUGCAGGCACCCCAACGGACGAGUGCGCCUAUGUGGCCUCGAGCGUGACAGAGCUGCCCUACUUCUCUUCCAAGGUGACCUUCGGCAAGACUGGGGUUGAGAAGAUCCAUGACAUUGGCACUCUGAACAGUUAUGAGCAGGGCAGACUGAAGGAGGCCAUGGACCAGCUGAAGACGGAGAUUGACAAGGGUUUGGACUAUGCGAAGUCCAACUGCUGAGACGAACGUGCGAUUCCGUGGGUACCGAUGUUUCUCAUUGCUUCAAGGCUUUGUGCCAGGUUUCGGACUCAUUUUCAAGUCACUGGGAAAUGCCGCGGCGACUUGCGCAACAGACGAUGCGGAAAAGACGGAGCCGGCUCUGAAGUCUUCUCUGUGGCGCACACCGAA